AUGGCUGAAAAGAAGCAAAACUUGGUCAUCUGCGUGACAACUGAGGAUAAAUGUAUGUACAUGACGACAGCGGUGGACCUCGUCAUAACAGAAGUCGAAGAGCCGGUGCGUUUCCUUCUGGAGACGAGGGUCCGGGUUUGCUCUCCCAACGAUCGUCUCUUCUGGCCCUUCAGCAAGCGCAGCCACACAGAAACCUACUACCUGAAACUGCGACAGAUGGAGCGCAAGGAGCGGAAGAGUCCCUCCGCUGACACACUUUACGAGGUGGUGAGUUUGGAAAGUGAGACAGAAAGAGAGAAACGGAAGACCACAGCUAGUCCUGCUAUCCCUCCUGGCGCGCCGGGUUCGAUGGUCCCUUCUCCACCCGAGGAUGACGAAGAGGAAGGUAAUGUUUUUUUUUUCGUCUGUUCAUCAUCAUUUUGGCGACCCGAUAAAUAUCUCAAUGCAUUUAAUCAUAAGAAAAUGUUGUUGUAGAAUCGUAAAAUUUCAAACAGAAAGC